AUGGCCACCGCCCGCAUCCGCACUUCAGACGAGCCGCCUAGCGCAGCUUGGAACUUUGAGGGUGCCGAUUACGUCGGCUUCGGUAAAUGGCCUCAGCAAGAUGAGUUUGAGGACAGAGAGAGCCCAGAAUGCGCAAGAGAGGAUCGAGGUCCAACUAGACCUCCGGAAGUUAACGUAUGGCCUGACGAGGAUGAUGAAGAUGACCCAGAUUGGACACCGGAUGCACAGAGUUCCAGCGAUGAAGAGCCUCUGGAGUAUGACUCCGGAUGGGAGUCUGAAUGCGAAGGCAUCGAGGCUGAAGUCUUAUUUCUGACUGUUGAAGAAGAGGACAGCGACUACUCAAAUAAUGCACCAGACAAGUACCCUCUUACGGAUCUUUGCGAACCCCAAUUUCCUGAUCGUCUGCCACAUGGCACAUGGCACAACGGACUUGCCUAUUACACAGGUGAUCGACAACAUCCGCAGAAAUGGUCUCUACUAAGCCUUGACCAUUCAAACGCGCCCCCAGAACACAUCGCCUCACCCUCAUGUCAAAGCAUGCAAGGCAUCAACGGCCAUGUCCUCAGUGUCGCACAAAUGAAGAACUGUCGAAAUAUCCGCUAUCUCGUCCCCAAGCCGUCGAAUUGGAAAGCCGAUUCAAGUGAUCAACUUCUCGAGGGAAGCCGCGAUAAUCUGUUCUAUGUAACUGGGGAAUCCAACGGCUCAAAUAUGAUUGAGAGCAGAAAUUUCAGAGGAUACGUUGACUUGAAUGGACUGUGGCACUGGCGCGAGAUGCGAAACUUGCCACCUGCAUAUGGCGUUGAUGAUCGUAUUCCGGAACGGAUACGGAAACAGAUACACUUGCCGCAACUGGAACGAGCCCGCCAGCAGUGGGACUGGCCUUGGUGCCAUAUCAGUGGCGAUGAGUGGCUUGCUGCAAACCCUGUUGAGAUCCCAGGCAUAUCUCGAGUUUUGGAGUCGUGUAUGAAAGACCUGAACAUCAAGGGAUACACCGAGCAGACAACACGGCUCUUGGCCCUGCCUGCUGAGACUAUUCAACAUACUCUAUCGUUUCUUGAUAUAACUGACCUUGACAACGCGGCCAGGACUUGCAGAGCCAUGUUCAAGCUUGCGCAGCCGAUAUUCAGAAAAUAUGUGGUGAGGGACAUGCCUUGGCUGUGGGAGGUUCUUGAGAACAAUGAAUAUCCGGCGUCUCGUGACUGCCUACCGACAUGGGAUCCUCUCUGCCCUCUUGAUGUGCCACCACCAACACUCCCUGUCAGAUUGGAGUCUGAAGAAGAGGAGGAGGAACGAUGGGUACCCAUCAUCCUUGAGGACCCUGAGAUGGAGCCGGUUUACGAGGCGACCAAGACUAUUAACGAUCAGCGCCGAAAGGAGAUCACAGCGCCUUAUCAUCAAAGGCUGAAGGCCUUAGAGAAGGAUUGGCACAGCUUUCGUAGAAACGUGGAAGCCUGGAUGCAUGGCAAAAGCGAGCGGCGUGAUAUGAAUUGGAGGAGAGUAUGGCUUCUAUUCAACCCUGCGACGACCCCUUUGCCGGGUAUAAGGAACAGGGCGAGGAUCUGGAAGGAUUGCGAGAGUAUCAUGUACUUUGUUGCUUUGGCUCGUGAGGGAGAUGACAUGGAAGAAAGACAUAAGGAGUUGAAAGCCAAGAUAUCAGAGCUGGUUGAUGAAAGCUCAUAUGGGCUGCCUGAUACAGAGCCAGACGUCCCUAGUUGGUUGUAUGCAUAUUAG